UUAUACUAAUUAGCAAUCAAAAUAAUCGAGAAAAUUGGUAAUGAAGCAAUAAUAAUGGCGAAUUCAUUCCUCGUCUCCAUCCUAGCACUCAAUGAUCACUCUAAAACCUUUCUCCUCUGGAAUACUUUUGACACAUUCCAUCAGGUCGUUAUCGCCUCAUUCAUGGGAUUAAUACUUAUAAUCAUAGUGCAUUACCGAUAUCAAAAGCUACUGGAUCGGAGGAUAAUACCGCGGUUGAGGCCUUCGCAAUCUGGACGCCGUACCGAGAAGCUUGAAAGAUUUUCGCACUAUGUAGCAAGGCAAAUGGGAUUUGCAGAUAAGAGACAAUGUCCGCAUUUGUGCAAACUAGCUGCGGAGUACAUAAGAAAGACAGAGACCUGCGAGGAAGAUGCCUUCACUUUCUUCGCGGAGGAGCUUGAUGCAGAUUCCUUGUUUGUGAAGCUAGUAGAGGAGUUGGAGCGAUGCAUCCUUAGUUACUUUGCUUUCCAUUGGAGCCAUGCUGAUCUCAUCAUUAGUCAGGUGUUGAGUGCUGAUGCAGAGCCCAAGAAGAAAUUCAAGCAUAUUGUCAUGGCUGCCACUAGAGAGCAAAGGUUUGAGAGGGUGACAAAAGAUCUCAAGGUGGCUAGGGUUUUCAAUACACUGGUAGAGGAAAUGAAAGCAAUGGGUUUAGCGUCCAAUGAUGAUUCAUGUACGGAGGUCAUGGAACCAGUGGCGCAUUCCAACAGGAGUCCAGUCCUCUUGCUCAUGGGUGGAGGCAUGGGAGCGGGGAAAAGCACUGUCCUCAAAGAUAUCCUUAAAGAACCAUUUUGGGCUGGAGCAUCAGCAAAUGCAGUAGUUAUUGAGGCGGAUGCUUUCAAAGAAUCAGACGUCAUCUUUAAAGCCUUGAGCUCCAGGGGACAUGUUGACAUGAUCCAAACAGCAGAGCUUGUGCACCAAUCGUCCACAGAUGCAGCAUCCUCUCUGUUGGUGACAGCACUUAACGACGGGCGAGAUGUGAUCAUGGAUGGUACACUCUCUUGGUUGCCCUUUGUGGUGCAGACAAUAACAAUGGCGAGAAAUGUGCAUCGAAGGCGUUACCGGAUGGGAGCGGGUUACAGAGUUGCAGAUGAUGGAGCUGUGACUGAGAAUUACUGGGAGCAAAUUGAAGAAGAACAACCACUUGAAGAAGGAAACAAGAAGAGAAAGCCAUACAGAAUAGAACUAGUUGGGGUUGUCUGUGAGGCUUACCUUGCUGUUGUUAGAGGCAUACGUUACAGGAGAGCCAUAAUGUGCAGAAGAGCUGUUAGGGUCAGGUCACAGCUCAGAUCACACAAAAGAUUUGCUAAUGCUUUUUUAACUUAUUGCCAAUUGGUUGACAACGCCAGACUAUAUUGCACCAAUGCAUUAGAAGGGUCACCGAAGUUGAUAGGAUGGAAAGAGAGGGACAAAACUCUAUUGGUUGAUCCAGAUGAGAUUGAUUGCUUAAAACGAGUGGGCAAAUUGAAUGAGGAUGCAGACUCGAUAUAUCAACUCUACCCCAUUCCAAAUCCAGCUUGUGCUGCUGGUUCGAUCUGGAAAGACAUUGUACUAUCACCUUCAAGGAUAAACAUUCAAAAAGAGUUGAAAUAUUCCAUUCAGAAAGUUGAAAGAGCAAAAAAGAUGAAUCAAAACUUUGUUAGAUGAGGCAUAAGCUAUUUCGAAAUUUUUUGGUUUUGAGGAUGAAUUUUUUUCCCAUUAUCUCUAUGGAAGAUGUUUGUUUUACUUAGGUGGUUCCACAUAUUAUUGGUCAUAUUUUUGUACAUUUUGGCCUCUAAAUU